GCCGUAGGUGUAGCAGCUCUUUAGGCGUGACAGAGGAGAAGCAGGUUUCACUCAGACUCAAACUCUCUCCAUGGCUCUGAGACUCAGGUAGAGCAGCUCUUCUACACAGUGCGCUUUUUGGUGUAAUGAGACAGAAAUAAAUACGUCCUUGAAGGAACUGAGACAGUAGACGUUUGUGGAGCGGUCAUGAUGGAGUACCCAGUGCCCCUAAGCAGCAGCCAGUCCAUGGCAAGCGGGCUGGAGAAAUCUCCCAUUUCAGCCUUUAAACCAGGCCACUCACGCAGCAACAGCACUGGAUCAUCAUCCAGACACUCCAGACAGAAUUCUAGAGACUGGGAAAUUGUGACAGACCCGCUGCCUUCUGUAGGUGCUCCUGGUCAUUGCGUGGAGAAGAGCGGCAUUCCAGGCAUUUGUGAGGGAUAUCUGAUGAAGAAGAGGAAGUACCCACUUCAAGGCUGGCACAAGAGAUACUUCAUUUUGGAAAAGGGAAUUCUCAGAUACUCAAAGACUCAACAGGAUAUUGCCAGAGGAAAAGUCCAUGGAUCCAUGGAUGUUAGCCUUGCUGUCAUGUCCAUGAACAAGAAAUCCAGACGUAUUGACCUCGACGCGGGACAAUUCAACCUGUACCACAUUAAGGCCAAAAGUCAGGAAAUUUUCUACAUUUGGCUAACCAAGCUGACUGCCCAUCGCAAAUAUAAGAAAAAUGAGGCAAUGAUCAUCCACCAGGAUGUCCUGCAGGCACUUUCUGCAGCAAACAGCAACGCACUGCCUGCCAUGGCAAGCCUCGCCCAGAGAAACAGGGCCAUGAUGGACAUGCUCCCACAGUAUCAGAGCUCAGCAUCAAUCUGCCAGCCUAACUUCCUGGACACCCCAGCUGCCUCCUCGUCUCAGGUUAACAGCAAAGUUUCAGCCUGGCUUCAACAGACUCAAGAGGCAAGCGCCUGCCAGCAGGAACUGGCGCGCUGUGAGCUGGACCUGGCUGAUCUCUGCCGUCUGAUCCAGAGGCUCCACUGGCUGGAGGGAGAUCUUCCAAUCACAAACAAUGACUUGGAGCGUAGGAUCAGCAUGCAGAAUCUGACUCUGGAGAAGCCGAAGAAGAAGCACGGGAAAGUUUGGGGACACAACCGCACUCUGUCACAUGGCAUGUUGUCCGCAAGUCAUUUGGGCACAUCGUCAGGCCUGGCAGCAUCUCUUCAGUCUAUCCCAGACUACGUUUACACUCAGCUGUCCACUCCUGGGGUCACCUCACCUGAGGGAAAGAAGCUGCAGCAGGAAAUCUACGCUGUUUCUCAGAGAUUGCACGCCUCUCUGAAGGGUGUUCAUGAGACGCUGUCUUUGGAGCGUGAGCGGCUCCGGCAGGCCUGGACCGGACCAGACCUCCGCCAGGCCACCACUGACCAGCUGGCCACUCUGUGUACCACACUGUCGGAGUUGGAGGUUCAGUCCCGUCUAACUAAAGUCCACUCACUCUCCCUGUCCUCUGAUUCCACUGAGGAGUCCUUCUGCACUGUUCGGCAGGACCAGCCCUCAAGCCCUUCUCAGUCCCGUCAGACCCGCAGCCGGCUCUCUCUGGCCGAGUCCAUGGCUGAAUACUUUGACGCCAAUGAGGUUAUCGUGUCUGAAAGCUUGUCUGAGAAUGAGGCUUCUGAUGAGUCGGGUCUAAGUGAUGUCACUACCAGCAACUCUGAACCUGAGGAUGGACACGCACACACAGCUGCAGUCAACAUGAAGUACAGAGCGAGUGUGUCCAGUGCUGUAGAUGUUUCCCCUACUGUACCAAAGAACAUGGGUCGCCGGACAGUGCUGCCCGCUCACAGUGCUGAUAACAGCCACAUCGGCAUCCUCAGCAUCCUGUACAACAACAUCGGGAAGGACCUGUCCCGCGUGUCCAUGCCCGUCGCCCUCAACGAGCCGGUAAACUUCCUGCAGAGGGUCAGUGAGGAGCUGGAGUAUUCACAGCUGCUGGACAUCGCUAACCAAAUCGAUGACCCCUAUCAGCGAAUGGUGUAUGUGGCCGUUUUCUCCAUCUCUGGCUAUGCCUGGGCAUCAUGGAGGAACCGCUAUAAGCCCUUUAACCCAGUACUGGGAGAGACGUAUGAAAGCGUUCGAGAGGAGCGAGGCUUCCGCUACGUUGCAGAGCAGGUGAGCCAUCACCCUCCUGUAUCUGCCUGCCAUGCAGAAUCUGAGAAUUUCACAUUUUGGCAGGAUCAAAGAUGGAAGAAUAAGUUCUGGGGGAAGUCUGUGGAGAUCAUCUCGACAGGGAUGGUGAAUGUAACCCUGCCCAGGUAUGGAGAUCACUAUGAGUGGAAUAAAGUGGUGACGUGCAUUCACAGUGUGUUCAGUCAGCAGCGGUGGCUGGAGCACUACGGAGAUGUUGUGAUCAAAAACCUGAACAGUGACGAAUGCACCUGCAAGAUGACCUUCCUUAAGUCUCGUGUUGUUGGUGGAGAGACCAUCAAGAAUGAAGUGCAGGGGACAGUCCUUGACCAGGCUGGAAAUGUGGUGCAUCGGUUUGGGGGCUCCUGGCAUGAGGGCAUCUUUUGUGACACACUGCCCGAGCCACAAUGCAUCUGGAAGCCCAAUCCUCAGCCUGAUGAUUAUUUCGAUUAUUAUGGAUUCUCCAGCUACGCCAGAGAGCUGAAUGACUUGACUCCUGAUCUAAAGCCUCUGCUGCCACCUACAGACACACGAUUCCGCCCAGACCAGAGACUUCUGGAAGAAGGUAAAGUGUCUGAAGCUGAUAAGAAGAAGGAUGAAUUGGAGGAGAAGCAGAGGGAGCGGAGGAAAGAGUUGACCAAAAGAGGAGAGGAACACAUCCCUCGCUUCUUUAGGAAAACUGUGGAUGAAGCUGGAAGGGAGGUCUGGGUAACCAAUGGAACUUACUGGAGGAUCAGGGAAAAUCCUGGAUUUGCAAACACCCCAAAUCUGGAAUUGUGGUGACCUGAUUAGUUGAGACCUGCAUUAUUAAUGUUUUCUUUUUAAACCUAAAUGGACGUCCCGUAUCUCAAUCUAUUUUAGUCUUUUGUUAAAUGUCUUACUUUUAGUCCUCAGACUUUUGUUUAACUUAUUUUAAGCAGUCUUCAAUCAGAAAUUAAUUUAGUUAAAGUUGCACUGGAUCUGGUGGGGGUUUGUGUGUAAGGGCACAUUUAAUGAACCCAUCUCUGUGGUGAUGGUGCCAAUAAGGAGCACAUGAAAAUUGGUUUGGCUCUAACUCAAACUCUGAUGCUCCUGAAAUGCUGGGUCCCUCAUUCAUCCAGUGAAUUAUAACUCCUUAAAUGCUGAUGAAGACUAUUUGUAUUAAUUGCCAACAGAGCCUCAUUUAAUUAACUUCCUUUAAUUUAGUGAAAAACUUUUUUAGCCAUUUUUAACUGAAAGUGUUUUAGAAAUGUCUGCUGUUACACCUUAAUCACUUUAAUCAGGUUUUACAGACAGAGACUGAGUAAAGGGAACAGGGCUUUUUGGGGGUGAAAAUGUUUGAUGUUCACACUGAGGGCUUGUAACUCAAAUGAGUCAUUUAUGUGUAAAUGAAUUCAGAUUAUAUAUAUAUAAAGAUUUUUUAGAUAGCAAUUAUAGCACACUUGAACACAUGGAACCCUUUUCCUGCCCCUCAGGAUCGCUGCUUAUGUAAAUAGUCCUUGUCUGUUAUUUUUAUUUUUUUCUUCAGGCCGGCUUUACUCUUUCCGCUGCUUUGUGAAAGGAACAGGUGGAGUGCAUGUAUAUUUGUGCUAAUGCUGCCGGUUUAGUUGAAAUAAUGAAGACAUGUUUGUGUUGAUGUUUCAGCUGUGCAUUACAAGGAAAAGAGAAACUUGUUUAAUUUUAGUGAAAAAUGUAAAAAGGGGUCAUGUUGGAUCUUCCUUUUUUGUAAAUGUCUUUGUAACCAAAUGUAUUUAAAUGAAUAAAAUGGGGAAAAA